AUGGCACAAAUGAUUCUGUAAAGUUUGUUUGAGAGAUCCUUGGAGCUGUGGAUUUUUUAAAUAUUCAUCCAUCUCAUUUUACUUAAUUGUUUUGUUUCAGAAGUUCUUGCUCAAACUGAAAUCAGCCGAUCCUUUUUUAGUCCUUUUAGCACAGAUGAUAACUGGAAAGCAUACCUAGCAGAAAAUUCUAACCACGUGACUAAUUGUGUAACUUCUAGCAUAUUUGGAGGACGAUUUGUCUUUAAUUCAUAAACUGUCAUAACGAAGACUUAUAUCCUUCCUCCUCAUUAUAAGAUAUAGUUUGAAUUCAAAUUCUGGAGAUUGGAUCCUUGGUCUUCCGCAUCUUACAUCUUUUUUAUUAAUGGAUAAUAAGAACACUCUUAUGAUCCAUAUAGUAUUACAGGAGACCCGAUUUGCGGAAGUGGAACUCUUGGAUAGAUUGAUUAAGUCAGCAAAGAAAUUCCUCAUACGGGAAACUCAGCCAUAAUAUUUAUAGUUUCUAGAUAAAAUUCAGCAUACUGGGGAAUUUCUGAUUUUAAAUUAUAAGUCUUGAAAUGUCCAUUACUUUGUGAUUAUUGUGAUUCCAUUGGAGCUUGUCUCAAAUGGUAUAGGGUUUAAACUUAUUUUACAACUCUUACAUUCGCAAAUGGAUAAGGAUGGGAAAAGGAUAAAGCGCUUUUUGACAAUGUAGUAGAUUGUGGUUUUUAAUACUAUGGAAAUUUUUAAAUAACAUAGGUGGCAUCAAUAAAUUUAAAUUUAAAUGAUCCUCAUACGAAAUUAAAGCUUUCAUUCAUAUUUGUAUGUGUGGAAAUCAGUGUUUCUGUAACCAUUCAAGUAAUAGGUGAUAUUUAGUUAUAUUUAUUUGCUCCUCCUCUAACUGUUGUUAAAUUUAAUGAUUAUUAAUGUGGUUCUUAUUUAAAAAUGACCAAGGUUGAAAUUUAAGGAUUUCCUUGCACUUCCACAUUUAUGACUAUAUCCAUUAGUACGCCAAGUGUUACUACAACAUCUGUAAACACCCCAUACUUUGGUAUUAGAGACUUUGAAGUUUUUUCGUAUCAGGAGAAUAAAAUAUAAGAUUAUAGACUUCUCCAUUAAGCCGAUUAUAUUCUUGGAAUCGAAGGGAUUUUUUCUUAAUAGUAUAAUUGUGUUGUAGGGUGUAGUAAUUGUAUUCGAGAUUUGUGUGUAGAAUGUUUUUCAGGCUGGAAUUUUGUUACAAACUUUUAAGAAUGUAUACCAGUCUGUGGAGAUCAAUUGAUUUUAUUCUCAGAAGAAUGUGAUGAUGGCAACAUGGAGCCUAAUGAUGGAUGUUACAAGUGUAAAUUUUCUUGUCCACUAAAUUGUGCUUCAUGCAAAUAUGGCUAAUGUCUCUUCUGCGACCAUCAUUAUCAAUUGAUAGAUAAAUAAUGCCAUUUUUCUUGCUCAUAUGGCGAUUCGAAUAGUUUCCUUAAACAUGAUACAUCCAUCCAAGUGGGUCAAUAUUGCCAAAUCUCCAAUUUUUUGACAAACUCAUAUCUUUAGCAUAUCAUUAUCAAUAACAACUUUAAAUUAGAAGCUCAUGAUAUUCGAUGCUAGAUUUAGAGUUAUGGUAUUUUUGCUUAUUAAUAUAAUUAAUGUGAAUAUAGAGAACUAGAAAAUUGUUUUAUUUCGGUUUUUAAUGAAUGUCAGAUUUGUAUAAAUCAAUUUGAAAAGUCAUUUAAUGGUUAAUGCUUACCUAUUUGUAAUCAUGGCAUUUAUUUAAUAGAUGAAUUUCUUGAUAAUUCUCUAUAAAUUUAGUUAGAUGAUUCUUUUACAUGUAGCAGGUGCUAACUAGAAUGUUUAGAAUGUCACAAUUCAUAUUGCUUUUAAUGUUUAAAAGGAUGGAAUCUAGUAGAUUUCAAAUGUGAAUAUGAAUGUGGAGAUGGCAAAAUAGCUUUGGGUUCCACUGAAUAAUGUGAUGAUUAAAAUUUGGAUAUAGGAGAUGGAUGUUACGAAUGUAAAUUUGAAUGUUAAUAUAAUUGUAUAUUUUGUUCUGGUCAUCUUUAAUGUGCAAUUUGUCAAGAAUAUUUUGAAAUUAAGGAUAAAAAUUGCAUUCCUAUUUGUGGAGAUGGGAUUGUUGUCGAAGGAUUAGAAAUUUGUGAUGAUGGUAAUGAUAUCUAGUAUGAUGGAUGUCAUAAUUGUUAGUAUUCUUGUCGAGAAAACUGUCAAAUUUGUGAUCAUUAGAAUUGUUUAGAUAUAUGUGAUUAAGGGUAUUAUUAUCUUGAUAAUAAAUGCAAUUCUAUUUGUGGUGAUUCAAUUGUUGCUUUUAAUGAAUAAUGUGAUGAG